AUGUCUGCCUUCGCAAAUGGCGUGUCCACGACCUCAAAGACGAGCCGAGCUCGAUCGGCCACCAACACCAAUAGCCCCAUCCUCGAAGCAUCCAACCCGGCUCAGGUCCGCGCCGCCCUCACCUCUCUCCACAAUCGCGAGGCCGACCUCGUGCGCCGGCUCCAGGCCAGCCUUGCCGCCCAGGCAGAUCUUGGCCGUGAUCUCGGCCGGCUCGACAACCUGCGUGCGGGCCUGGGCUCGCAGGUGAUCGCCACCCGGUCCAUAAGCAACAACAUGCUCGCCAACGCGGCGCACACGGCCGGCAGGCUCUCUGGCAAGGUGCGCGAGCUCGACCUCGAGAAGCAGAGGGUCGAGGAGACGCUCAGGGUCGUCGAGCAGGUCGCGGAGCUGAAGGCCUGCGUCGGCGGUGUCGUCUGGAGCAUGGGCGCGCCGCAGGACUGGGAGGCUGCCGCCGGGUACAUUGCGCGCGCGAGCAGGGUGCCUGAGGAGAUUAUACGAGGUGGCUUCGCGGCGGCCAUGGUGCCCACGGUGGAGAUUCCUGACGCACCAUGGGUCACGCUGGAGAACGCCAGGGAGAGCCUCUGCGGGCUGUUCCUGAGGGAGUUUGAAAAGGCGGCCAAGGAGGGCGACGGGACCAAGGUCACGAGGUUCUUCAAGCUGUUCCCCCUGGUAGGGAGAGGGGAUGUUGGUCUCGAUGUAUACGGCAGAUAUGUAUGCCAGGGCGUUGCGGGUACCGCAAGGCAGACGCUCAAGGAGGGCACUGUGGUCCCUGGCAGGAAAGAUGGGUUCUUCUACGCCAACGCCUUGACCAAGCUGUUCGAGCAUAUCGCCCAGAUCAUCGAGAGCCAUGGUGGCCUGGUGGAGCGUCACUACGGAUCUGGAAAGAUGGUCAAGGUCAUUGAGAGGCUGCAGAUGGAGGCCGACGUCCAGGGCGGCAUCAUCCUUGAUUCAUGGAGCGACGACAGGGGGGUCGACAGGAAGCUGACAGACGUCAAGAGCUAUCCCUUCUCCUUCCUCGUCCAGAGCUUCUUGUCCCAACAGAAGGGCAUGGCCGGCAUACCGAGAAUGGGAUCUCCAGCUCCUGGAGCCGGAAACAACGAUCCCAGGAAGAGCGAGGAUGAGGGCGUCAAUAUGAAGGAGGUGGAUGCGCUGCUCAACGAAAUUGCUGUCAUGCUUGGGAGGUGGUCGGCCUACUCUCGUUUCAUCGCAGGGAAAUGCAAGGAUCCCGAAUCUCCCAAAGACACCCCUCUCGUCACUCCUGAUGUUCUCACCAAGUCCAACCUGAACCGCAAGGUCUCAGGCAGGCUAACUAAUCCCUACAACGUCAUGAGCACAUUCUUCUUCCGGAGAUCAGUCGAGAAAGCAUUCCAGCUGGAUGAGAUGCCCAGUGGGCUCUCACUCAACCCACACAAGCCCUUGAACAGCGAACCCCCCUUUAUAAUAUCUGCGGUUGACGAUGUUAUGUACAUUGUCAAUACCGUGAUACAGAAGACGCUCUCUACAUCACAAAGAGAUGCCGUCGCAUCUGUCUUACAGACCGUUGGCAGGGUCUUGGGCUCCGACUUUGUUGGUAUGGUCCAGAGAAAGAUGCGUGAUGAAUCAUAUCCGAAACCAGUCGUCCAAGGCGGCUUUCCUCCCGAGGACAAGAUCAUAGCUUUUAUUGUCUUGAUCAACAGCCUUGAGACAUCAAACGAAUACCUCGAGCGAAUUAUAAACACGUUCCUCGGAACCUCGCUCGAACGGACCAACGGCGCCGGUCCUCAGCCAGCACUCCAGGACACAUUCCCCUUCGAGCAUGAUGUCGCCAAUGUCAGCAGUGCCCUUACCACCCUCCUCUCGACCUUCACCUCCAAGACGACGGAGCUCCUCGGCGAAGGCCUGCAGGUUCUCGCCAACCAAGUCGUCAGACUCCGCCUACGCCCCGUUCUCGCAGAGACCUUCCGCGAUGUGGACUAUACCCUGACUGAAGAUGAGAUGGCCGACUUCGCAGCCGCAGAGGACAUCGACGAGGACGAGCUGCUGGACGAAGUAGGCCGGCGCUUCGAGCACGGGUGGGACGCGCUCAUGAAGCCGAUCGCGCGGCUCAUGACGCCCAAGACCUAUGCCAUCCUGCUGGAGACCACCGCUCGGUAUCUCGCUCGCGUACUGCUCGACCGCGCGUGGAAGUACCUCGGGCGGGCGAAUGCCUUUGGUGUGAUCCGUAUGGAGAGGGACUUUAGUGCGAUCAUCAACGUGGUGUCCAAGGGCGGAAACUAUGGCGUCCGGGAGCUGUUUUCCAAGGUCGCGCAGGUGCUCAUGGUGGCAAACAUGGAGGACGACGAGUGGGAGGAGAUCGUUGCGGGUGGGGACGACGAGGGGAUGCAGUGGGUGCUGAGUGAGGAGGAGAGGAGGAAGGCCAGGAGCCUGGUGAAGGCUUAGAGAAAAACCUCGAGACUUCCCAGGCAAACUUUCUCCGAGCCCAACACUUUUAAGUCAGUGGAAAAGGUCCCAUCCGGCGUUGCAUCUGGGUUUAGAGUUGUUGGGUGGGGUACAAAAUAUUGAAAUAUCCGACUCUGUCGCCUCAUGAACAAUUCACAUUUAUCAUUACGAUAGAAUACGAUAUGAAUGCUCUCCUGGUUCGA